AUGCUAUUACAAGAGCUCUGGCUACACAAGAUCAAUUGGGACGACCCAUUACCGUCUCAAAUUGUUUCACGAUGGUUCACCAUCAGAGAAAAUCUCAACAGCUUGGCCAAGCUAUCGAUCCCAAGAUGGUUCAACACAUGGAACAAUUCAUCUGUAGAAAUUCAUGGAUUCUCUGAUGCUUCUCAACUUGCCACGGCAGCAGUGAUUUAUAUCACUGUUAGCUCUCCGUCCAACAACUCAACGACGUCACUUGUCUGUUCUAAGACAAAGGUUGCACCUCUGAAGAGGCUCACAAUACCAAGAUUGGAGUUGUCUGCAGCACUCCUGUUGGCAAAACUCACAAAAUAUGUUCAAUCAGCGCUCAAGGUAAAGAUCAAUGCAACGCACCUGUGGACGGAUUCUCAAGUUUCGCUCAUAUGGAUCAAAUCGCAAGCAUCACGUUGGAAGGAUUAUGUUGGAAACAGAGUCAUUCAGAUCCAAGAACUCACUCCAAAUGCGCAUUGGAGGCAUGUUCCAGGUACGUCUAAUCCAGCCGACUGUGCUUCACGAGGCAUUUCGACAGAUCAACUCCAACGAUUCGAGCUUUGGUGGAAAGGUCCUCCAUGGAUGGCUAGAAAUCAAGAUCAUUGGCCAGAGCAAAAGGAAUUCUCAACUUUAACCAGCGAGUUCGAAGUGAGACCCAAUGUCUCACUCUUUGCCUCAGCUCAAAAGCUAAGUUAUCAUUGGGAUCUCAUUUAUAAAUAUUCAUCUUUUAUUAAGCUGUAUAGACUGACUGCACUUUGUUUCAGGUUUGGCUCACGGCUUAAGAGAAAGCUCGAAACUCCUCCUGUGAUCAUCAUACCAUCCUGCGACAUGGAGAAGGUGCAGCUCUUCUGGAUUCACGCGACUCAACACUUGUAUUUCACCAGUGAAAUCAAGACCCUCAACUCAGGCUCAACCCUGCCUGAAACUCACCCCUUCAGUCGCCUCACCGCCUUCAUCGAUUCACAGGGAACAAUACGGGUAGGAGGAAGACACAAACACAGCGCUCAGCAGGGAUGA